GAACAGCUCACCCGAAUUCACAUCGCAUAUAACAACCGCGUGUGCGUGGUUUGUGAGAAUCUACCAGACCAAAACAAUAGCUUUCGAUUACGCGUACUCUUUCCGUGCUGCUAGUUUAUGGUUCGUAUUUUUGGGUGAUAUUGUACCGUACGAAGGAGUUCUAAACGUUAAAAUCGCACCGGUCACCGAAAGCACCGAAAGCAUCGAAAUGUCGGAAGCAGCGAACGAAAUACCGCUUGACCGCAAGCUGACCGAAAUUUACGACGAAGGAUACAACGCCAUGAACCGCUUGGAUGAAAACACGACCAUCCCCUCAAAUGCACCCGAAUUUCAGGUGGCAGUAAAGAAAGCCAUCGGCCUGUUCGAGGAUGCUACACGACUCGUGAGCCUCGUCGGAAUGUUCAGCACCAACGAAUCGUACGAAGAAAUUCCAACGGAAAAUCUGCGCUACUUUCUGCUUCCCUACUUUCUCGGCACCAUGACGCUGCGGCUGUGCAACGUAAACCGGGCGGAAGUUGUGGAAGUGGCAGAAGUUUACUUUAAGGAUUUUCUGGCGCGCUGUGAAAAUUACCGACUGUACGAGACGCCCGACAGGGACAGUGAUUCAGCGCUGGCCGAACUUUCCCUAGUGCCCGGUGGCGCAUCGAGCGACAAAAUACGCGAACUGCAACGUAUGGGACAGCAGCGAAAUGAAAAGAUUCGUAAAUUUCAAGAAAAGAAAGAGCUGGACGAGAAGAUUAAACAGUUGCGGUACGUGGUGGAACAGUCGGAGGCAAAGAUCGACGAUGAGACGAAGCGUGAAUUUUUCCUUUCGCUGCUUAAAUCGGCCAUCAUCGAAUCGCAGGACGAGCUAGAAAGUAUUGGCCGCGAAAAGCAGAUGCUACAGUUCGUGGCGGCCGCGAAGCAGCGCGAUGAAGAGGGCGAUAACGAGCUCGGGGAAGGGGCGCUGAGACUCGCCACGAAAAAGCGUCCAGUGCAACCGCUCAAACCCAUCAUCAUUACCCGGGACGCGGUACAGAAAGCGGUCUACGGUAAAGGCUAUCCCAGUCUGCCGACGAUGACGGUGGCUGAGUUUUACGAACAACGCGUAGCGGAAGGAAUUUUCCCAGACCCGGAAAAGAUGAAGGAAGUGAACAAGAACUCGCUCAUGAACAAGGUGCACAUGGACAAUGCAGCCGAACAGGAUCGGGAAGACGAGGAACAGGAGAAGCUUAUCGAGCGCGAUGAUGAGGAAUAUUUGGCGCGCCAGCGAGCGAAGGACGAGUUCAAGGAUGAACAUCGGCGCGGUGAAGGGAACCGGUACAAUCGUAGCUAAGGCGUUGGAUAUAUCCCAUUUAUUUUUACUCAUUUGUUUCACAACGGAGUGCCGUCGCUAUCGAAUAGAGAGAAGCAAUCGAAAUCAGCCCACGGAGCUGCGUGCGUAAA